GCCCAGCAGGGUAUAUAAGGCGCGAAGAGACAGGAACUCGAGGCCUUUUGGACUGAGGACUCCCAGGCGUCCAGCGGGAGGACUGGUGGUGGAGGGGAGGUGAGAAGUGGCUGGGGCUUGUUCCUUCGUCUCUCUGACCCUUCAGUAGUGUUCGCCCCAGAUAUCUGGCUCCGGGUUCUCGCUAAGACCAGUUAGGAUCAGGAUCGGAGCACCCUCUUUGAUCGGACCUUUGGGGCACCAGUUCCCGAGAGAGCCGCAAAAGCCGCUCGCCUGUGCGGGAGCUGCAGGAGGCCGGACUCUCCACCCCACCUCCUGGGGGGACUUUGCUUUGGACACCAGGCGGCGGGGUUGGCGGUGCCAGCUUUGGUGGCACAGACGAGAGGCAGGAGAGGGCCGGCCGGUCUAGAUACCCAAGCCACGAUGAGAGAGCUUCGCAUCGUACCCGCCGGACAGCUAAGCUCCCUGGAUUCUCAGCCUUUGAAGAUGACCUCACAGCCAGUGACCAGAGUCGUGCUAAGGCACACCACCAAGAUGUCUCUAAGUGAGCGUUUUGCUCAACUGCGCAAGAACAAACAGCCCCAGGCGAUGGCGGGCAAGGUCCGGGCCUGGAAGAGGCGGCAGCAGCAGCUGGCCAGUGCCAGGAACAGAAGACUGGCCCAGCAGAUGGAGAAGAGACCCUCUGUCCAGGCAGCGUUGAAUCUUAGGCAGAGCUUCGAGGGGCGCCUGGGUGAGAGGAGCAUCCAAGUCCGUUUAGGACGUCCCAUGGGUGCCGUUGCCAGGGGAGCGAAUGGAGGAAGAGGCGCAGCCAUCAUCCAGAGAGUCGUGCCCCAAGGAGGAGGAGUGGGUGGGGGACCUGCCGCCAGCACCCUGCCCGGGGGCGGGAUGCCACCCCCAGGUCGGGCCGUGUUUGGUGGUGGAAGAGGGGCUUUUGGAGGCCGAGGACGUGGCCGUGGCCGUGGCCGUGGGCGCGGCCGAGGGAGAGGUGCCCUCACUCGCCCCGUACCGACCAAGGAGCAGCUGGACGCCGAACUGGAUGCAUACAUGUCGGAAGGGAAAGCGCCCCUGGAUGCUGAAAUGGAUACCUACUUCGCAGAGGCGUCUCCUGAGACCUGUGACUGA